AUGGGGGAUGGUUGGUUGGGGUGGGAUGAUGGGUUCCAUGGGUUGGGUGUGGAGUGGGACUUAUAUAUCAUCUGUCACUCUGGAUCCAAACCAUGUGAAUAUAAGGGAAACAAAAAGAAGCAUUGUACUCCUGUCUCUCUCAGAACAAUUGGAAGAGAUGUAGUAGUCCCCACCAUGAGGAGACAUGAUAACUGUGAUACAAGUUUACAAUUAACUGGUUUUCCAAUGUCUGUGGGAAAACAUCAGCAAACUCUCAUUGGAGAAAAGUCUCAUAAUUACAGUGAAUAUGAAACUUUGACUGUCUCUUCUGGUUCACUUUGCACAUGUAGUGUUUCUCACAGUAUGAGAAAAUGUUACGCAUGGAAUCAGUGUGACAAAACUUUGAGUUCUCUUCAAAGAUGUGAAAAAAACUCUUAAGGAAGAAGAAGUAACAAAUGCAAACCAAGUACUAAAGGGUUUAUCUCUCAAAGGUGUCUUCAAACACAUAAAACAACUAGUGAUGAAGAUGAUCUCUAUAAAUGUAAUCAAUGUGAUAAAGUCUUUAGAUCUGAUUCUUCUGUGAAAGUACACCAGAGAACUCACUUGGAAAUAAAACCCUGUGAAUACAGUAAAAGUGAUCAAGACUUUGCAUGUCACAAUCUUCAUCAAGUUGGUAGAAUUUAUACUAGGGAGAAAAGGUAUGAAUAUGAUAAAUAUCAUAAAGCUUUUGCAUGUCCCAGAUAUCUUCAAAUACAUAAAGGAAGUAAUUCUGGGGAGGAAUCCUAUGAAUGUAAUCAAUGUGGUAAAACCUUUGCCUAUAAAAGCCUUUUUCAAAUACAUGAAAGAAUUCAUACUGGAGAGAAACCCUAUGGAUGUAAUCAAUGUGGUAAAGCCUUUGCAUAUAAAAGUGAUCUUCACAGGCAUAUAAGAAACCAUACUGGAGAGAAACCCUAUGAAUGUAGUCAAUAUGGUAAAGCCUUCACACAGAACAGUUAUCUUCAAAAACAUGAAAGAAGUCAUACUGGAGAGAAACCCUAUGAAUGUAGUCAAUGUGAAAAAGUCUUUGCACAUAACAGUCAUCUUCACAAGCAUGAAAGAAUUCAUACUGGAGUGAAAUGUUAUGAAUGUAGUCAGUGUGGUAAAGCAUUUAAGUAUAAGAGUAGUCUUCACAGGCAUGAAAUAAAUCAUACUGGAAAGAAACCCUGUGAAUGUAGUCGAUGUGGUAAAGCUUUUGCAUGUCACAGUAAUCUUCACAGGCAUGAAAGAAGUCACACUGGAGAGAAACCCUAUAGAUGUAACCAAUGUAGUAAAGCCUUUGCAUACAAAUGUCAUUUUCAGAGGCAUGAAAGAAGUCAUACUGGAUAG